AUGACUUUCCCUGUCUCCCUAGAACCAUCUCGCAAACGACAGAAGCCUGACUAUCUCAACCAACUACGACCUCCAUCGAAAAGGCUGAAUCUCGGCCAGCCCACUUCAGCAUAUUGGGAUAAUUUGUCGAAGAUCUGGUUAACGAAGGACGCUCUCGAGGAGUUGGAUCGAAGAAACAGGGCUUCUGGCAGCGUGCCAGAGUCAACAUUUAUCCCCCACCGGCCGCUCACUCGACAGUUGCAGGCGAGUCUUAAGCGUCGUUACCAGACACUUGCCCCCGACCCCUUAAUCAACUACAAGCCCGAGAGCCUGAGCAAGAUCAAAAGGCUCUCCAGACAGGGCGGACCUGACCUGUCUGACCUUCGGAAUUUCCCAGAUCCGCAUAUCCCUUGUUGUCAGUCAAUGAGCACCAAUAGUUCAGGCCGCCAGAAGCGACGCGCGGGAACUCCUCCAGCUAGCGACAAUAGCAACAAUAAGUCCACAAAGACUACAAGCACCACCGCCUAUAACCGGAACUUUGAGCAGAAGUUGAUUGACUAUGGCGUUUACCCCAAGGGCUACGAGUAUCCAGAUGGUCGAGUACCUGCAAAGCCAAAGAAUUGGGACGAGAUAAAUGAAAGAUUGGCCCAACCACGACCCUCCCUCUCACCCUCCAAAUUUUCUGAAAGGGAGUUUGAGAAAUUUGAACGAGCAGACACCAACGCAUCCAAAGAGAAGCCUGUGGCAACUUCUGUCAUGCCAACUAUUGAUGGCGAUAUUGGUGACCCCAAAUGUGUUGGAGGGGACUACCCAUUCGGAAACCUUGCUCCUCUAACAGAUGGAACACUGGCAAAGGCAAAACCGGAUCACUUCUUUGGCGCUCGCCCUGAGCAACUUGACCCUGAAAUCCGCGAUAAGCUUAGCGAGUUCAUUCUACCAUCGACGCAGAGCUCCCUCCCAAUGGCUCCGAACUUUUUUCUUGAGACUAAAGGUCCCGAUGGAUCCCUUGCUGUUGCCACUCGGAAAGCCUGUUACCAUGGCGCGCUGGGCGCUCGAGGAAUACGCAAGCUUCAGUCGUACAAGCAAGAUGAGCCGUCUAACGACAAUAAUGCCUACACGAUAACGUCAACUUAUCAUGGUGGUACACUCAAGCUCUACACAACACAUCCCACCGCUCCCCGAGAGAGUGACGGCCGUCCUGAAUACAUUAUGACUCAAUUAAAUGCUUGGAGUAUGGUUGGGAAUGCAGAUGGCUUUCGGCAUGGGGCAUCCGCGUAUCGGAAUGCACGGGAUUGGGCAAAAGAACAGCGGGACGAUCUUAUCAAAUCUGUGAACGAGAGACACAGGCAAGCUCGAUCCGAACUUCUGUCUACGUCUGAACGCGAGGCAACCUCAGAGCCAACUGUCAUCCAAGAGGACUCUGAUACAUCAGCCACGUCUGAUGAAGCUGAGUUCCAUGAUGCCGCGUGGAGCUUUGCACAGCCAAAUGACAGCGUCGAGGAUCCUCAGGGUUCAAAUAAACAAACUAAAAGAGCAAGAACCCGAGCCAACAGUGCUAGCAAGUCUCUCCCCAAUUAG